AUGGCUGUAUACAUCAAGCAGUUCGUCGAAUUGGCCAGAAGAGCCGACGUCAAGGUGGCCACCAUCAAGACCAACUCUAAAUUGAACCUCAACGGCAAGAAAUUCAAGCAGACCAAGUUCAAGGUCAGAGGAUCCAAGCACCUUUACACCUUGAUUGUGAACGACGCUACCAAGGCCAAGAAGCUCAUCCAGUCUCUUCCACCAACUUUGAAGGUGACCGAGAUCUAA